GCUACCCGACCGCUAAUGUUGAAACCGCAGGAACCUCGUACGCUUGCAAAUUCAUUACGUUUGCUGUAACGUCUACAACCUAUGCUAGAGUCCCGAUUUCCAUGCUCCGUAACUAACAUUUGAAGAAACCUUUUAUUGGUCUGUUCUACAUUCCGUGGUGCAUCGCGAAUUCAUUUUGUACUUCGAACAGUAUGACCUCUGAAGUUAGCUAUGGGCAAAGCUCGCGGGGCGCCCUCAUUGUAUUUGAGGGUGGUGACAGGUGUGGCAAAACAACACAAUGCAGAAAGCUCGUGGAGCGGCUAAGGAGCCAAGGGGUGGACGCGGUGAUGUGGCGCUUUCCAGAUCGCUCCACCUCCAUUGGCCAGGCCAUCAACGCCUACCUGGUGGAGCAGUCGCACAUGGACGAUGCAGUCGCCCACCUGCUCUUUGCCGCCAACCGAAUGGAGAAAAGGGAAGAGAUGCUGCGGCUUCUGUCCGGCCGCACGACGUUGGUUGUGGACCGUUACAGCUACAGCGGUGUGGCGUACACCGCAGCCAAGGGCGUACCGCACCUGUCCAUGGACUACUGCCGAGCGGUGGAGGUGGGCCUGCCGGCGGCUGAUCUGGUGAUUUUCAUGGACAUGACGGCCGAAGCGACAGCGGCGCGAGGAGGGUACGGUCAAGAGAGGUACGAGAAGGUGGAUUUCCAACAGAAGGUAAUGAAGGCCUUCGAGGCGCUGCGGGAUGAGCGAUGGGCUGUCAUUGACGCAUCUGGCACCAUUGACGACAUCCACCAAAAGGUAGCGGCUGUGGCGGAGCCGGUGGUGCAACGUGCGCUUGCGGGCAGUGCGCUGGGGCGGCUGUGGGACUACAAGCCCAUUGACUUGCCCACGGUGGUAACAGCUGCGGGCGGUCAACAGAGUAGCUUUCCCGAUGAGAAGUCCGCGGCGGCCGCCGGGGAGGCGGAUGCAGUCGCCGACGUGUUCAUUGGAGAGGCAGAGAAAAUGCAGCAGGUCCGCUCCCGCGGAGCUUUCAUUGUUUUUGAGGGCAUCGACCGCUGUGGGAAGAGCACACAGAGCAACUUGCUUGUGGAUCACCUCAGGAGACGCGGAGUUAAGGUGGAGCACUGGUGCUUUCCUGAUAGAUCGACAAGGAUAGGCCAGACAAUCAACGAUUACCUGCACAACGGGGCUGACCACGACGACACUGCCAUCCAUCUCCUCUUCACGGCAAAUCGUUUUGAAAAGCGCUACAGCGGUGUGGCGUACACCGCAGCCAAGGGCGUACCGCACCUGUCCAUGGACUACUGCCGAGCGGUGGAGGUGGGGCUGCCGGCGGCUGACCUAGUAAUAUUCAUGGACAUGACGGCCGAGGAGGCGGCCGCAAGAGGCGGCUUUGGCGCAGAGCGCUACGAGAAGCUGGAGUUUCAACGCAAGGCAAGCUUGGGGAUAGUCACAGGUGCUUGGCGCCGCCUGGUCGUAACACCAGCAAUUCUUAUGCCGCUUUCCUGUCGCCCUACGAAGCAGGUGGCCCAGCAAUAUGCGGCGCUCAAGGACAGCCACUGGCUCCGAUUGGACGCCACCCAGCAACCGGAGUGCCUACAACAGCAGGUGGUUGAUGCAGUGCUACCAGUGGUGGAGGGUGCGGCGCGCGGUGCACUGCUGGGCCGGCUGUGGGACUACCAGCCGUUGGAGUUGCCGGUAGCGGUCUGCUCGGAGAGUUAUGGGCUUGGAAAGCCAAGCCUACAGCCGGCAUCCUCGACCAUCGCCAUUCACAGGAUCUUCAAGGCGACAGUCACUGUAUCUCAAUCGUUAUGGCGCCCGCUGAACAAAGACCACCGGGGUUUUGGCUGA